AUGUCUAUCCAUUUUCCUACGCGAUUUGAUGACGAAUAUUGGACAACAUCAAAAUGGCUGCGAGUGGCGUGCAUAGUCGCUAGCUCCGUCUCACCCUUCUAUUUGCUGGCCGUGGGAGCAUCGUGGGGGUUUUUCAUACUUGUGAAUUUCCUGCCAUUGGUUUGGGCCUCAAUUCAUCUUGUCCUGCUCCGCAGAGAAGUCAUUUUUCAUCCGCUACUCAAUGCCUCUCUUGAUAUUCUUUCAAUCAUAAGCUACAUUCGUACUAUAAUCUCUUUGGGUGCCGGAUUGGGUGAAUAUGUCUACAUAACCGUCACGGGUCCAUUUAUGCUGGCCGCUAUAUACUGUUUUGGCGUCUCAUGCCUCCGCGAAGUAAUGCGAUUCCGGCGAUCUGUGCGCGGGUAUGUCCAGAAUGGUGUCAUCCUUGCCUAG